CCAGUGCUGCAGGUUGAAUGUGUUGCCCCUAUUUCCUGUCACAUGGGUUGGAAAUAGGAUCCCUGCUUUCUACUAUCUGUUCCCGUCUUUGUGGUGUCAGUGUAGUAGUAGCUGUAGGACCUGCCUUGAAGUUCAGGGACUUUUAACGGCGACCAAAGAGCGACUCCUGCACAUACCCGGGCAGUCAAGCAGGGAGUCAGUCAGCCAGUCAGCCAGUCAGUCAGUCCAGCAAUCCGCCGGUCUGCGCAUCUGUCCGUCAGGCUGCACUUCACCUGAGAGCCAGUUCAGACUCUUUAAUCACACGAUGGAUUCCUGGACAGUCACCUCUGCACUUCUUCUCGCUGGUGUUAUUUCUUCUGCGGCUUUUAAUCAUUUCGACACCGAGUGUUACACUGCCAACGGAGAGGACUACAGGGGCUUCCAGAACCAAACCAGCCUGCAUGGUGGUAAACCUUGCCUCUUCUGGAAUGAGACCUUCCAGCACCCUUACAACACCCUCAAAUACCCCAAUGGAGAGGGUGGCUUGGGCAGGCACAACUACUGCAGGAAUCCUGAUGGGGACGUGCAGCCGUGGUGCUACAUUGCAGAUCAUGAAGACGGGAUCUAUUGGAGAUACUGUGACAUCCCGACAUGCCAGAUGCCUGGGAACUUGGGCUGCUUCAAAGACAGCGGUGAUCCACCCACUUUGUCCGGCACCAGCGAGACCUCCAACAAACUCACAAUCCAGAACUGUAUUAGCUUCUGUAGGAAGCAGAGAUACAAGCUUGCUGGGAUGGAGUCAGGAUACGCCUGUUUCUGCGGCAACGAAGUGGACCCACGUGACCACGGCGAGUCACCUGCCAUGGAGUGUAACCAUGUUUGCUUCGGCGACCACACCCAGCCUUGCGGUGGAGAUGGCUGGGUCAUCAUCUUUGACACCCGAGUUGGGGCCUGCGGUGGGAACUACUCCUCUCCAUCAGGAGUAAUCUACUCCCCUGAUUUUCCUGACAAAUACAGUCCUGGUCGUGUUUGUUACUGGACUAUCCAGGUCCCUGGAUCCUCUGCCAUCCUCUUCAACUUCACCUUCUUUGAGAUCUCUGAUCAGACAGACAUGGUGGAGCUACUGGAUGGCUACUCCAACCAGGUGGUGGCACGGUUUGACUGGCGCAGCCCACCACGGGAGCUGGUCAAUGUCACAGGCGACUUCGUCAUACUGUACUUCUACUCAGACCGCACCAACCAGGCACAGGGAUUUGCUCUGCUUUACCAAGCACUGAGAAGCCAAGAUACCAGAACACUGGAUGCUGGGGGAGAUGAUGAUGAUGAAGGUGAGAACAUCUCCAGCACGGCGGGGCCCCAGCUAGCUGGCAGCGUUACCGAGAGAUCCAACAGCACCUCUAACGGACGUUCCUCCCAGAUCCUCUACGUGAUCACGUCCAGCCCCGGUAAACCGGAGCACAACAUGCCAGGUCAGUGGGCUGGACGCAGCGAGACCACCGGCCACAGCGCUAUGUGGACCAUUUACGCUCUGGCUGCUCUCCUCGUACUGACAGUCAUAGCAAUGGUGGCAAAGCUGCUGCUGCACAUCACAGUCAAGUCACCGAACAUCCCAACAGUCAGCGGCUCAGACAGCUGCAGCCAGAGCACGGCUUCCUCUGAGCCUUGGAUCAUCCUGUACCGACCCUCCACAAUUUCCCUCUUCAAGAAGAAGCUAAAGAAUCACCACGGUGACCUCAGCCCCCUGGUGGGCAACUAGCGCCAUUGCUGCGCUCCACCUUUAACCAAAUGUUACCACCACCCACAACUACUCUGCACAAGGGCCGUCAGAUGCCAGGCCCUCAGACAAUGAAACUCUAUGAGGCGCUACGCUAACAAGCCAAAAAAACUGAGUGGCUAAUGACAACUGACUGAGUGACUGCUACUAAAUGGCCUGUGGGCCGAAAGUGGCUGGGCCCUCCCAUCCUGCUCAGCACCAAGGAGGAGGGGGACAGGCAGGGCUGUCAGUGACCUCAGUGUGGGAGAGGAGAGCGAAGGAUUAGAUGGGAAAAGAUCUGCAGCUCUGACAAAGAUUCAAGGACGCUUUUAACAAUGCAGGAAGCUUCUCUCGUUCAGUGAGGCUCUAUUUCCAUCACCCACGGAUGUCCCUAACAAUCAGCGUACCUCCAAAAAACCCAUCCAGACUGCAGGCUCACCAGUGAAAACACAACAUAGCCGGGUGGAGAAUAAUGGCUAACUUCACUGUCUGUGUUCAGUUUAGGAAACAGGGAGGUUUACCUCUUCCUGGUGCUUUCAGAGCGGCAACUGAAUCUUCAUCACUAUCAAGGAGAGGAUGAAGUAAUGGAGUCUUUGAUACACGCAUGCUGUAACACAUAACAGCUUAACAGUUUUGUAUAACUCCUCGAAUUGCUUCAGACUUGCGAUGCCGAUUUGCAGCCAAAAACCAGAAUCCUCCCAUCCAAAGAGUUGUGUAUUUAUUUCUCUUUUUGAUUCCAUAUGCAAAGUUUCUUUUUGAUGUGUUUUACAUGACAACCAGCUUUCUGAGGACAGGGGAACAGGACGUGGAGACGUCAGACAGAAAGUAGAUAUCACAGCACUUAGGGGGUGAAUCACUUGCCGUAAAAAUGAGAAGAUCAGAGAGAAAGAGUGUGCGCUCGCCCACUCGUAUUCUCAGUGCUCAUGUGGAUUUGGGUGGAGAGAAGAAGUAGUGUCAUUCACUGGGGGGUUGGGUGGUGCAGUCUGCAGACAAACUGCCAUUUAGGGAGGCUUGGGAAGAUCUGAGGGCUUUUUCUGCUCGGUUGUGGGUGGGAGUCUUUCCGGUUUGAUGGUGUUCAAGUGCCUUAAGGAUCUCCUCUUCCCUUGUCUCAGAUUCCUCACAUCUGUUUCUUUCACAAAGCGGACUGUGGUCCCUUACGUAUAAGAUUCUGCACUUCUUUCAUAUCAGCAUGGACAUCAAGUCCAAAAUAGGAUUUCCACCACUUAAAUGUAAAGUAAAAAUAUGAUGCCACAUCUUGUACAGUGAUUUAAAACAUUGAAUUGUAGUCUUUUUAAACAUAGAACAUUCAACAGAACACCUCUCCAGACUGGAUCUUUUACAUUUUUGUACAUGUUACAUGAUGGAUGAUAUUGUUUUUCUUUCCAAAAUGAACACAUAGCGUUGUUUUUAAUUUCUGUGUGCUCUUAUGUGUAGUCUUGGACAUUUACUGAACAUAUUGUUCACAUUAAGUUGUCUUUUGAUUAUGGGCGGGGGGUUGGGGGUAGGGGGAGUAUCGUUGUAUAUUAUGUAAUUCAGUGUGGGAAUGAUAAUAUUUAUGUCCACUCUUUCAUUUUGUGACUCGGCAAAGGAUUUGAGAAACCCGUCAAAGUGCUUUUGGUACUUACUCGUCAAUUUAGCUCAAAGGUGGAAUGCAUUUCUUUCUCUCAUUAGACAGCAGUAAAUUACUUAAAUUCCAGAAGACUUUGCAGACCUGGAAGCUUUUACUAGUCACCUCAGUUUUAGGCCAAAUGUUUGAGCGAAAACAAUGUACUCCAAAAGCCAAUGGUACUAUGCACAAGCUGACAGCAGGUUUGCAGCUGAAUGGUUUUCUGUGCAUUGCUGUGACAUUUAAACUACUUGUGAAAGGUCAAAAUCUACUAGGUCGCCAUUGGCAUAGUAAUUCGCUUUUCCUGUUGUGGGACUAGAUGUUAGUCUCUGCAGAUGAUCACCCUCAAAAUCUUCUAAUCACCUACAGGAUAAAUAAAGAAGAGGUUCAACGCACUUACAUUUGCUUCUACUUACAAGACAAAACAGUACUUAUUCACUUUUGCAUUCAGUUUCAGUGGAAAAAGAAAAAAAAACAACUAAAAUGUACUUUGUGCAACAACCUGAGCACUUGAGAUGAAACAUUUUAUUUCACGCGUGAUGCAGCCUGACAGUGACAUUCAAGUCAAAAGAUUUAUAGUUUUUCAGGACAUCAUUUGAGACCCAUAAAACGAUGAAGAUGAUUUUUUUUUCCAAUCAGACGUUUAUAAAAAUGUGACUCUGUGCUAUAUUCUCGCCUGUCUGCUCAACUGUAACUCAUCUUAAAUAUUGCAAGACAAGAGCACAUGCCCCUGGGUUUGUGAUGUUCAGAGCAGACCAUGCGUAGCGAGAGCGAGAAAAGAGAGCCUAAAUUUGAGAACGAUGGGAAAUUAAUGUGUGUUCAAUCUAACACAAGCUAAUGAAAUCUGACAGUUAAAAUCUAACAAUGGCAUAUUUGUUUGGAUAGCCUGGUAAAUUAUGCAAACUCACAUUUUCUUUCUUCUGAGUGGUGGUCUUUUACCAAACUGUAGUUGAUGUGAAUGUCCUGUAGUGCUCGAUGACGUGAAAACACCAGAAGCCCUGUAGGAAAUGAUCUGGAGGGGCCAAAACAUUGUUUUCUUGGAAUUGUAAAUAGCAAAAUAGUGAAAUGUUUAAUUUAUACAGUAAAUUAUUGUUAUUUUGUAUGUGAAUGGGAUAUAAUCUAUCUUUUGUAUAAGUGAAGUACCUUUGUAGUUUUAUUUAAUGUGUCCUGGUUGCAAAAUAAACACUG